AUGAACAAGAACAACAAUAACAAUAACAACAACAACAACAACAACAACAACAACAACAAUAAUAAUAAUAACGGUCGGCGAAAUCGCAAUGAAGUUGAUCGCUUCCUUAGCCUCAAGCCUCAAGGAACCAAAUCUCUUUUGAACUUAACUCUCUUAUCUGUGGUAAACUUAUUGGAUCAGAUCCCUCGACUUCACACGGGACAGGCUCGGGCUUGGCUCCAGCGGUUCUUGCCCUCCUACGUCCGCGAACAAGUGGUUCUGUUUGUGACACAAUCUGAUGACGCCGUAUCAAAAUCAUAUGACACCUCCAGUCUCCAGAGGAUCUCAAAGUUCUGGUCCCUGCUCUUUAGUCAACAUUUUCACAACAUCAUUCUCCCCGCUGAACUGGAGGAGAAGAUCAAGAACAAUAUUGUCUCCUAUCUUGGAUCAGGCUUACAGAACAUUGCCAAAGACCGAACCACGGGGACCCUUAAUAUUAAUGUGGCGGGGUGCCUGGCGAGUUCAGCCGAAGAUUCGUUGAGAGCCCAUCUAAAGUAUUCCAAUUUGCUCACGGUGUUCAGCUUCAAGAAGGGCGCCACCAACGAUAUGCUACAAAUCAUCGGCCAAUGUUGUCCAUUGCUGCAAGAAAUUAACGUGACGGGAUCUCAGCGAGUCAACGAUUUGGGAGUGGCCGCCUUGCUUGGGAUCGACCAUUCAGACUUGAGUGGUAGCCAAAAGGCAAAUCCUUUGGCUGGAAACCUCCGAUUUGCCAAACUUCGAUCCACGGGAGUUCGAGUGAUGGGCAUUCGGUUCCUCUUUCAAUACGCCAUCGCAUUGGAAGGCAUCAGAUGUUCCAGCCAUGAUGUAUUACAAGCCAUUGCCGUGGAGUUGAAAGCCACUCAAAAUGUGCUGCAUUCUUCUGGAAAAGCCUUGGGAUUAAAGUAUCUGGACUUCAGCAACUGCUUUCCCAUCAUCUCGAAGUUUGUUCCCAAUCUCCCUGGAUUAAUUGAGGUUCGAAUUGGUGCGGAUGCGCCGCCAAACAUGCGACAAUCUCACCAAAGGCUCAGGUCCGAAGGCCAAAGCUCUCUUCAAACCGAUAUCAUCCAACAGGAGGCCUUAAAACAGUUGCCAAAAUUGGAGCAUCUGAAAACAUUGGUGUUGAAAGACUUUGGCCAAUUAGACGCCCUGGUUUCGCUCCUGAAGAGCCCAGUGGGUGCUCGACUCGUGCGGUUGGAUCUUCAUUUCAUGACCUUGACUCCGUUGGGAGUGAAUCUAGCCGCUUUGUCGGAAAACUGCCCAAAUCUGGAGGAUCUCUCCAUUUGCGAUUCCUUGGUUUCGUGGGAGCCUUCGCGUAUGAACCAUUCGGUGGAAAGCCAUUCUGCCCAUGUCUUCGGAAACUUGGUCCAAUGCAAACUGCUCAGAGUCACUUAUGCCGAUCUCUUCACAUGGGAGAUUAUCCCGAGACAUUCCACUCAAAUUCGAACUCUCAAUCUGGAAUCCUGUUCCUCCAUGGAAGACAAUGUGAUAGACUUGAUUUUAUCGGAUGGAAAACUUCAGUAUAUCGAGGAAUUCCAAGUGAUUGGCUCUGGUCACCGACUGACCUUCGUGACGUUGCUUCGAUUGAUCGCCAAUUGUCCACUUCUGCGUUGGAUCGGGGAUCUUCGGGACUGGACUCUGUUGGACACGGGUCUGGUGAAGAAGAGUCUGCCGGAUUGGGAAGGGCGGAAACAAGACCCUCGGGAGCACGCUCAAGACUCGAUGAUUUUGUUCAACACAACACAGAUUGUGCGAGCCUCGAUGUGAGGCCAUGAUGUAUCGAAGAAAAAGGAUAUGAUUAAAACCCCAGCUCCAACGUUCGAUCCAGGCGGCUGGAGCUGACCAAUC